AUGUCGAGCCAACUGGGCCUAGCGCUGACCCACGGCAUGCAGAAUUCAUGUGCCCACCAUGUAUGGAUCUCGGAUGACGUGCUCGCCCUCGCAUUCAAUACUUUCUUCCUCAGUUCGUGCCCGCAGCAGAAGCGACAUGGCAGCCACAUCCCGGGCCCAUUGGAGGCCAGGAAGAGGGCGGCGAAGCGUCGAAUGACCGUCUCAGCCGGCUUCUGUCCCCAGGUCCCUUUCCCCUCAACUACCUUCAACUGGCAAGCCUGGUUUGGCUUGCGCAAAAAAUCCCAACCCACCUGGACAUACAAAGCCCCGUCCUCACAACGCAACGCUGCCGAGCCAAUGGACCCAACGUUUCAACCUGUUCCAAGCUUGCCGGAACCGCCUUUCAAUAGUACCACUGCCGCCGAACACGCUGAAUCCGAUACCCCCAACUCGUUCACCCAGAUUCUCCCACAAAUCACACGGCAUGAAUAUGGAAGCCCGGCACAGGCGCAUGGCAUAAAAGACGGGACAGAGCCUGCAUGUCAUGCUGUCACCGCAAAACAAAGCAAUGUCGCUGCCUUGAAAGGUGGGCAUGCUCAGGCACACUUUGGCCAGUUCAUGUCCAGAACCGCAGAUGCAUCAAAAUGGGACAGAGUGGAACGGGUCCGGCUCCUAGCCAUGAUAUAUGAUGCUUGUCGCCCAAACAACGCUGACGAUGCCUUGUACAAUCUCAUGGUCCUUCAGCAUUUAAUCACCCAAGGCUGGGACCCUACGCGCAUCCUCUCUAAGCUCAGAAACUUUGCCCUUCCUCCUACCUACACUGCCGAGAGUCUGACAUUGCUCGAGUGUUUGGAGAAACUAUAUGUCAAGUACCCUAUUGGUCAAAGGGUCCAUCGUCGCGUGUACCUCAAGGCAGCAGAUAUGGCCGCAUCUGCAGAAGCCUCGAAAAGCCUGUCGCAAGACCUUCACCUGCUCAUGACGAUUCGAAGGACACUACAGAUUAGUCGUCCGGAUUUUUUCCAGCUUCCAUCCCAGCCCUUGACUGCCUUUAGAGAAGUCGUGAACAGGAUUCAAGACAACGACAUUAGGGAAUUACUACGUGCUAUUGAACAUGGUAUUCAGAACGUUCAGCCGAUGAUACCGACCUUCAUUGCCCGUGCUGCUGCAGACUCCAGCUUCCGUCCGGUGGCCGAACAAACCCUAUUAUGUUUCCCACCCAAUAUGUUAGACCGACUCGUCAAGCUGUACAGUCGCUCCUUUGCCGAGGCCAUCGAAAAGAACCAUGGCAUGUCGGUAGCAAGCCACAGAGCUCAUCUGAGCACUCUGAGCACUUGGUUGACUGUUCUUGAAUCUCUCGACGCCCGAACGGACACACACAAAGCAACCCAUCUGACGACUGCCAUUAGAUUGCUAGCAAAGCAUAUUCUUUCGAGCAACAUCUCGGCCGACAUGUGUGCGCCUGUGCUGCUCAUUGUUUCCGUGUUCCAAUUAACACACCAAACACUAUCAUUGGCCGAUUCCAGGGAGAGAAUGCUGCGGCUCAUCCAUGACUUCGAAAUUCUUGUGCCUGGACAGAAAGACAAGCUGGCUUUUCAGUUUGAGGAGAUUCUGGCACUGAUCUUGGCUCAGAUGAACAAGACAACCCCAUUUUAUACGCCAACACUCAAUGUGGUUACGAAUCUCUACGGCGAAUUUGCGCAGCUGCACCACAUAUACCACUUCCUGUACGCACUAGAUCAACAAGGACUUACUUUGGACCAUACCUCAAGCAUCCGCAUCCAGGGUCGUGUCAAAAAGCAAGUAGCUUGUCUCCCAGAAGAUACCGCAUCUCUGACUGAACGACAGAGCCAACUAUACGCGUUCGGACUCCGUACUUGCCAAAACACCCUCGACGUACUCCGCAGCGUUGCCGGACAAGGCACUGCUGCUGAUCUGAAACAUGUCGAAAUAACAAUCUCAGCUUUACAGUCCCACCGCGAAUUUACUGCUAUCCUUGAUCGCGCUGCUGAAAACAAUGCGUUGCCCCAAGCUUACGCUACCCUUACCGCUGAUAUCCCGUCAAGUCAACGCACAGCCCUCAUUCAUCAACUUGCCCACCACUACUCACUUUCAACGACACGCUCUCACCGCGAAACCUGGCGCUCCAUAUACUACCUUUAUGUAUUCCUCGAGACACAAUCUUUGCCAAUUGGCCCCUUGUUCACAAAGGCCGUCGUGCGCUCUUCGAUUAUCCGCCCACUGAUGGAGCAUCGCUUUGUUAGCGCGAGGAGGCUGAUCUGGGUCUGUAACCUUGUUGCCAGAGUUGAAGGCGAGCAUGUGGCCAAGCAAGUAGAAAACAACUAUUGGCUAUGGAGGGGCGAUUUGAUCAAGCAUGCCAAGGAUGUGCAUGACCAAGCUGGAGGAGAUCGCAAAGCAAAAGCAUCGAUUAGCAGGUUGAAGGGCAUAGGAUUGAUUUAG